GAUUAAAUGGUAGUAUAAAAGGAGGAAUUGAUAUUACAUUUUCCCUUUACCAAAGCAAAUAACUGAGCCAGGAAGUCGCAUAAGGAAAGCAGAAAAGAUAUCACCGAAUCUUUUCUAGUUAAGAAUUUAAACAUUUGAAAAAGGAGGAGCCAGUUGUAUAUUAAAUUUUGGAAAUAUUGUCAGCUAAGGACAUCAGAUUCUGGUGAGCGAGGAGGUGGCUACUGAUACCUCGUAUUUAAGUUGAUAAUGAUUUGGGGGAGAAACUUGGAAGAUAAUAAUAAUCGAAAAGCGGAGAUUUUGUGUUCGAGUUGCGAUGAAAGGCGAUAGAGCGAGUAAUUGUUCCGAGGGAGGUAGUGAUAGUGGUCCGAGGGUUCGGGCUUUACCAGGGAGAACUAGUGGUCCUACGAGGCGAUCCACGAAGGGACAAUGGACUCCUGAAGAGGAUGAGAUUUUGCGGCAGGCUGUUCAACGUUUUAAUGGGAAAAAUUGGAAAAAGAUAGCGGAAUGCUUUAAAGAAAGGACAGAUGUACAGUGCUUACACAGGUGGCAAAAAGUUUUAAAUCCAGAGCUUGUCAAAGGUCCAUGGUCUAAAGAGGAGGAUGAUAUAAUAAUUCAAUUAGUGGAACAAAUUGGGCCAAAAAAAUGGUCUACUAUUGCUCAACAUCUACCUGGACGUAUCGGCAAGCAAUGCCGAGAAAGGUGGCACAAUCAUCUAAAUCCUUCCAUAAACAAGAAUGCGUGGACCAUAGAGGAAGAAGUUGCUUUGGUUCGUGCCCAUCAAGUUUAUGGGAACAAGUGGGCAGAGUUGUCGAAGUACCUACCUGGAAGGUCAGACAAUGCCAUCAAAAAUCAUUGGAACAGUUCUGUUAAAAAGAAAGCAGACUCAUACUUGGCAUCAGGUUUACUUGCACAAUUCCAUGGUCUUCCCCAGUCAAUGUCAUCGUCUUCAUCACGGGUUCAGCAGUACAGUGGUGAUGACAGUAUACCGAGAGAUGUGAGAGAAGCCGAGGCAACAUCAGAAUGUAGUCAAGGUUCUACUGCAGUGGGCUGUUCCCAGUAUACGGAUGACAUGUCCAAUGCAACUGGGAGAGACGAUUUUCUAGUAACAGAAGAAUCUCGUCAAGGUAAAGAGUUAAGCUAUAGUCCAGUUCAUCGAGAAGUUCCAUGUAUCAUGGCAGAGUUGCCUUGUGAAUUUGGGAGCUCGGGCAAUCUACUUGAGCACAUUUAUCCUUGUGACUGGGUAACUUCUCCAGGAAAGAAUUGGCAACUCGAUCCAAAUGGGUUACCAAACAUGUCUCUGCAAUGUGAGCAGGAAUCAUUAAGGUUAGUUCACUGCAUAGCUGACGAUGAAAACCAUGAGGGGUUACCUUUCCCAAUGCAAAGUUCUGUGGCUGUGUGUACAUCUGCUCCCUUGGAAAACAACAUAGCUGGAUCUGAUAAGCCAGAGCAAAUGUUGAUGUAUCAAGAUCCCUACCCAGAAGCAGGGAAUGGAAGUUCAUCUGCACAUGAAAAUCUUACCAAAUGUUUAACAAUCACCAAUGCAGAUGGUUUUACUGAUUCAUUACUUGACCACUCAUCAGAUUAUCAGACUCUCGAGGGCAAUCAUCUGGCUUCGAACUCGUAUUAUUCAUUUACUUCUGAAAUGAUGGGAACUGAUUGCUACCAGCCUUUAAUUCCUUCACAAUUCCCCAAUGAAAAUGGUGAAAAUAUAUAUGAAAUUAAUCCAAAUCAAUGCAAUGCCACCUCACUUGGAAAUCAAGAAGAGGAUCUGCUUAGAAUCAUAAAUGAUGGCCUUAUCUACACCAAUGACACUGUUGCUUCUAAUCUUGAUGAAAGGGUAGACAGUGUAGGACAGCAAAGUCAGUCAGAUACAGAAGAGCAUCGUGCAAUUUUUGCCCCAGAGGAUGCUUUUGCUUCAACAGAAUCAAAUAAUACUCUCAGUAUUCCUUCACAGAGUGAAAACCCAGCUGAACCAGCUGAGAAAGAUGAUGCUGGAGGUUUAUUCUAUGAGCCACCUCGUUUUCCGAGUUUGGAUAUUCCUUUUCUCAGCUGUGAUCUAAUUGGUACUGAAAUGCAGCAGGAGUAUAGCCCCCUUGGUAUACGCCGGCUAAUGAUGGACUCCUUUACUCCAUUUAGAAUGUGGGACUCACCAACUCGGGAUGACAGUCCAGAUGCUGUGCUGAAAAGUGCUGCAAAGAGUUUCACAUGCACACCGUCCAUAUUGAAAAAGCGACACCGGGAUUUGGUUUCACCAUUGUCUGAAAAAAGGUGCGAAAAGAAGCUUGAGAGAAGCUUCUCCAAUUUGGCAAGAGAUUUCUCUCGAUUGGAGGUCAUAUCUGAUGAAAUUGGUAAACAUGAAGCAACUCUAGCAUCUCCACCAACAAAUUUGAUUCGAUGCUCUAACGCCUUGGAUGAAAAUAAAGAAAAUUUGAAUCAUGCCUCCGAAAUUGGGGAGGAGGGAAAAGGAGGGAACGUUAGUUGUAAUGCUAAAACUGAAAGUAGAAGUGCUGGUGCUGCACAAUCAGUGCAACAGUCUUCUAAAGAUCUUGAAGAGGAGGUGCAUGAUAUGCUGUUUAUUUCGCCUGAUCAUUUUGGAGUCAAAUCAAACAGAGUUCCGAGCUCAAGUGCUAAAACUCUUGGAAGUCAGUAUACCAGAAGGUUAGAAGCUGCAUCAAGUCAAGUUGCUGUUUCAGAAUCAUCUGAGCGCCCAUUGGUAUCAAUCUCAAGCCCUAAUAUUCCUGGCAGAAAUAAGAGUGCAACUACAUCCAUACAGCGUCCCUCAUCAGCUCCUUUAGAGAUUAAAGUUUCCAGUUCUGGAAAAUUUGACGGUGCUGAAAACUUUAGCAUAUUUGGCGGAACACCUUUCAGGAGAAGCAUUGAUUCGCCUUCUGCAUGGAAAUCCCCUUGGUUCAUGAAUUCUUUCGUUCCAGGACCGAGAGUUGACACAGACAUAACAAUUGAGGAUAUUGGUUUCUUUACCAGUCCAGGGGAAAGGAGCUAUGAUGCAAUUGGACUAAUGAAACAAUUAAGUGAACACAAUGCAGCAACAUUUGCUGAUGCCCAGGAGGUAUUGGGAGACGAAACUCCGGAUUCAUUGUUAAAGAAAAGAUGCUCUGACAAAGAAAAAGGGGAUUCGACUUCAAAUAUCAUUACAGAGGGGCGGACAUUGGAUUUCAGUGAUUGUGAUACUACACCUCUUAAAGGAACAGAAAGUGGAAGAAUUUCAGCAGCAAUGAGUUACUCAAGUCCGUCUUCUUACCUGUUAAAAGGUUGCAGGUAGUUGCUUCUCUCGGACGGACACUGGAUGGUGAACGUGAUACAACCCUUCAUAAAGUAACAGAAAGUGGUCGCAAUUCUGCAGCAGAGUUACUCGACUCCCUCUUCCCACCUGUUAAAAGGUUGCAGGUAGCAGCAGAGUUACUCGAGUCCGUCUUCCCACCUGUUAAAAGGUUGCAGGUAGCUGGUUCUCUGCAGCUCAGCUAGCUUUCUGCUCUAGUGAUACUAUAUAUAUUUGUAUAUGUACAUCUUGCAUACCUUCCGGUUUCGAAUUUUUACCUUUUUUGUCCGACUAGUGACAUAAUGUAUGGAUUCAAGUUCUACAGUUAUGUAAGUAUAAGUGAAAAUUCGUUUGUAAUAUGUUA